GGAGAAGUGGGGCACUCCGAUCCAUCACCACCAUUAAAAGAGACAAUUCAGACCCCUCGACUACCUAGGAAUGAACUGAAAUAGUUAAGACAAAUAUCGAUAUCAAAAUGGCAGCGCGUAAUGCUAUAAGUCUCGUGCAAAAAUCCAAAUCUUCAUCUCCCGAGAUCCUACAAUUACGAUGUCACAUCCGACCAGGCGCAAGCAAGGUACGAGAAGGAGUUGCUGCUGUCACCGAUGAGGCAAUAGAAUUAUGCGUCUCAGCCCCUCCUCAAGAUGGAAAAGCAAACAAGGCCGUGAUUCAAAUAUUAAGUGAGAUCCUAGGGGUCGCAAAAUCAGAUCUUCAAAUCACGCAUGGGAUGAAAACCAGGGAUAAAACCAUCAGCAUCGCCAGCGCCUCUUUCCAGCGUGGUAGGAAUACCGAAAACAAUGAGGACCUGGUUGCUCUAGUUAAACAGAAGCUUCUCAGCGACGAAUUAUCAGGGGCAUAAGCUACGAGGGAAUUCCACGAAGCAAAGGUAUUAUUUGCAUAUGUUACUCAUUAUUCCGAUCUUCGAGUACCUAGGUAAAGUACUGUACCUAUAUGU